AUGUCGGCUGCGGGAUUGCUUUGGUUAGGGUUUGCGCCUCUAGAAGUUACUUCUUACGUGAAGAAUGGCCCCAAUGACAUUGAGAUCACAGUUGCCACUACAUUGUGGAACAAGCUACGGAAGACGUGGCCUGCUAUCUAUGGGUCUCUAGAGGCACAAAAAGUCGGUCUGCUGGGUCCUGUUACUCUGACGUACUAUGCCCAGAAGCAAAUUUGA